AUGCAUUCAAAUCGUGUUCUUCAAAUGACUGAUACACGUCGUCUAUCUCCACAAACAACAAGUUCAAGUGGUUAUCAUAGUGAUUUAUCAUCAACAAAUGAAUCACCACAAUCCAUACGUGAAAAUCGGCCUACUAUUAAUAAGCAAUCAUGUUGUGUACAAAUAAAUAAUGAUAAAUCAUUACAAACGAAAAAUAUUUCACGUAUAUCAAGUUUUAUACGUAAACAAUAUGAACGAGCAAAAUCAAAAUUAAUAUUAAAAAAAAGUCAUCAUCAUCAUCGAUUAUCUCCUAUUAAAACAUGUAGUAAAGCAACAUCAACAACACCUUUAAAUUAUUUAACAGAAAAUAAUCGUACAAAAUUACGACAAUCAUCAUCAUCAUCAAUUUAUCAACGAAGUUCAUUCAUGGAACCGUCUAUGAUUCAUUCUAUACAUGUUCAACCAUUAUAUGAUAACCAAAUAAAAAUUUCAUCUGAAAAUUAUGCAUCAAUUCAUAAUUGUUAUUCUCAUCAGCCAUCACGUCGUUUAUUAUCCUAUACAAAUAGAAAUAAUAAUCAACAAAAUUCGCAUUCUUAUCAUCGUUUAACGACGAUAAUCAAUCAUGAAAAUCGUACUACAGGUUGCUUAUCACCUAAUGAUAAUAUAUAUUGUCAUCAAAAUUAUUUAGUUAAACCUUCAUUGUCUCAAAAUUAUUAUCCAUAUAAAUAUAUAAAUAAGAAUUAUGAUUUUAAUCGUUCAUCAUAUGAACCUAUAAGUGAUUUUAUUAGUACAAAUAAUAGUGCAUUUAAACCAAUUAAAUUUUACCGACGUCCGUCACAUAAUAUAAGUGAAAAAAUACCACCAUCUGAUGAUCCAUGUGAUCUUGAAGUAGCACAAUAUUUUCAUCAUACGCCACAAUGGAGUAAUCCAAAUUAUUUUGAUAUUUAUUCGAAUGAAGUAUCAGCAAAAGCACCAAGAAAAACUUAUACUGAAACAUUAUGUUAA